AUGGCUCGUACCAAGCAGACUGCACGUAAAUCCACGGGAGGAAAGGCGCCGCGUAAACAACUCGCCACUAAGGCAGCCCGCAAGUCUGCGCCUUCCACUGGUGGAGUGAAGAAGCCGCAUCGUUAUCGUCCCGGAACCGUUGCCCUUCGUGAAAUCCGUCGAUAUCAGAAGUCGACCGAAUUGCUUAUCCGCAAACUGCCGUUCCAGCGUCUCGUUCGUGAAAUCGCCCAGGAUUUCAAGACUGAUCUCCGCUUCCAGUCUGCUGCCAUUGGUGCUCUUCAGGAAGCUUCGGAAGCCUACCUCGUCGGUUUGUUUGAGGACACUAACCUGUGCGCUAUCCAUGCUAAACGUGUCACCAUCAUGCCGAAGGAUAUCCAGCUUGCCCGUCUUAAUGAUACCACUUUAUUUAUUAACGCGUAA